AUGAGUUUCUUGUAUAGAAGUAAGUGGGUGUACUUAUCAAUUUCACAGUUUCCCUUGCUUCUGCCUCGGAAGUAUGAGACACCGGCACAAACACCUAGCCCGUCAGAUGAGAGGCAAAACGUACCACCAAGGGAAGCGAAUCUACCAGCAACAACCAGCGGACAACUCAGAGCAGCUCACAUAUCCAAGCUGCCACCAAUCUCAACACCUUUUAUGCUUUUCCGAGCCAUAGGAAAUGAUCUGCCACCCAGACAUAAAAUUGGACAGUCAUACGACAAUGUCAAAUUCAUUCUGGACAAUGAACCCGACCUACAGGGGUGCAGAAAGCACUGGUUGCUAAAUAGGAUACUAAACACUACCGAAGAAACCCGCAUCAUCAACAUGCUGCACGACUAUGGUCAGGAGUAUACGCAGUUGGUUUACGAUCCAGAGGAAUACGAGAAGAGAGAGACUCGGUUUGAAGAGUUUCCGGUCCCAGAUGUACUGAGAAGCAGAUACUAUCGCCACCAGGAGGAGAAGGUGCAGGCACUGAUCAAUGACGAGAUGCAUCACAAACGCAUCCUGUACAUGAUGAACAACAAUGGAGCGCGCAAUUCCAUGAUACGGCUGGGGCGCGCGGCUGGAGCGAAAUGGAUUCUACCGUUCGAUGGCAACUGCUACUUCACAACCAGUGCGUGGGCCAAGAUAGUAUCUACCACGGCCACACAGGGAAAGCACAGCAAGUACUUUCAGGUCCCAAUGGCGCGGCUGCAGAACAACGAUGUGCUGUUCGACCCAGACUUCAAUCCAGACGCAAAGGAAGAGCCUCAGGUCAUGUUCCACAGGGAGGCAUCAGAGCUCUUUGAUGAAACCUUACGAUACGGCCGUAGACCCAAAGUAGAGAUCCUUUAUCGAUUGGGUAUUCCGGGUCCUUGGGAUAGGUGGCCAAGAGACUACUCGUGGGAACGGCACAAAACGAGGUCCAGCAAACUCUCAGAUGACGUCUCGGGUCCCAACACGGUCCAAAAAGCAGGAUGGGUGGCCCGAUUAUAUUCAGGACAGGGUGCACUGGAGAAGUCAGGGGCCAUUGUGGCCAGAGGUGUACACCGAUCAGAAGGGAUCCAGCUCCUGCUCAACCGGGCGCGGCAGCAGAACAUCAAGGCAAAGACUGGCUUCACCAGAGACACGUUCAUGGCGUUUAAUGAAACCGUACUGCAACGGGAACGGGAUGCGUGGAAGGCGGGCAAAGGAGGGCAUCUGGACAGUGUGGUUGCGAAGUUGAAGGAAUGCGCCGACUACGCCCUGACGCAGGGGCCGUGGAGUGUCAUCAGAAAGACCGAGAGACCGCCCAGCCGUGACGUUCACGACUACUAUACGCCCAAGCCGUACUUCUGGCCCAAUCCAAACACGCGCAAUGGACUGCCGUAUAUCAGACUGGACGGCCAGCGUGUGCCAGGUACUGAGUUAUACGACAAGGAGAGCGACAAGUUUGAUCGUACGCGUCUGGCUGCGAUGUAUGGCAACACCACGUGCCUUGGCCUCGCCCACUAUUUCACCGGCGAACAAAAAUACGCUCAAGUUGCUGCUCGCAAUAUAAAGGUGUGGUUCGUAAACGAAAACACGAAGAUGAAUCCACACAGCAAGUAUGCGCAGAUCCACUGGGGAGAAAACCACAACCUGGGAGAGUCAACGGGAGUUAUUGAGUUCAAGGACUUCUACUUCUUCCUGGACAUUGUGAGAAUGAUCAAACGGUCUGGCGAACUGAAGAAGAGCGACUCAUCAAAGCUAACCAGUUGGUUCAAGGCGUACAUUGCAUAUCUGAGGUCCUCCAAACAAGGCAUAGGAGAGUACCAGAGUCCCAAUAACCACGGCGUCUACUUCGACGUACAGAUGAGUGCGCUACUGGCCUUUGUCGGUGACAUUCCCAGGUUGAUCAACCAUGUAGAUGUGGCUCGAGGGCGGCUCUUGAGUCAGUUUGCAGACGAUGGUUCGUUACCGCACGAAAUGAUCCGCGAGACUCAGCUGCAUUACAUGAUGUUCACGUUAUCAGGAUGGUACACAUUAGCACGGUUGGCGUUGAAUGUCGGGAUAGACAUGUUUCAGUUUAAGCGCUCGACCGACACCACCCCGCCCCUGUAUAGGGGUGCCACAUUCGCCAUACCGUACUUUAACUCUACUUGGAAACAUGACCAAGAGAAGAUCACGGAUAUGCGAAGGAUGAUCCCGCUGUACUACUGGGCGUCGUUACAGUAUCCGGAGCUGGGGCGCGUGCAGGGAUCAGAAAGAUACCCUAAACCGGGUUUUUAUGAAACCAAGCCAAUGUUCUACGAGCACGAUGGGAUUCAGCAGUUCUGGAAUCUGGGUCUGACUGAUAAAUACCUGCUCUGAAAGCCAAUGUCGAAAGCGUCGGGAGUAAUGACAUGUAAAAAUAGAUGAAAGUAAAAACAAUAAUACACACA